CACAUAAAUUGUCCAUAAAUAUCGUGAUCGGAACUGUUGAAAUUGUUGCAAUUCAGUCGAAUAAAGACACUGCAAGCACCAAGACGUAAUUGAAAUGAUUGACGACAGCACGAGGAAGACAAUAGUCUUCUUUUUACUGCAAUUGGUUUUCUCAUUAUUCUGCAUCGAAGAAGUACACGCGGAGUUCAAGAAACCCUUAAACGAUGAGAUCGUCAUCCCGUAUUUUAUGGAUCUGAUAAAGAGUCAUGGUCGUGCAGCGGAAUGGCAUAAUGUAACCACCGAGGAUGGAUUUAUCUUGACAGUCUUCAGAUUGCUUCCUAAUUCAUCAGACUGUCACCAAAAGAAACGAGUGCUUUUUCUUCAGCAUGGAUUAGCCGGUGCCGCCGACUUCUUCAUCAUUUACGGACCCACUCAAAGUCUUGCUUACACACUCUCUGAUGCUGGAUAUGAUGUUUGGCUUGGAAACUUCAGAGGAAACACCUACAGCAAGAGGCAUCACAAUUUUCUGCAGGAUGACGCUAGAUUUUGGAAUUUUAGUCUGGAUGACCUGGCGCUGCUGGACUUACCAGCGAUGAUCGAUUAUGUUCUCAAAGCUACCGGACAAACAAAUCUGACAUACGUAGCCCAUUCGAGUGGCUGCACUGCUGUACUGAUGUUGUUGUCCGAUCGGCCAGAGUACAACCAGAAGAUCAAUUUGAACGUGAUGCUUGCACCAAUCGUGUUCUGGAAAUUCAAGAACCCUGCUGUUUCGUUCUACACUUUACCGUUUCGAUGGGUAAAACGAAUUCUUCCAAGUGCUGCUGUUCAGUUUGUACCUCGAACAAUGUUUGUCAGACCAGCUCUUGACAAGGUAUGCUUUCGUAGUUCUGUGCCGUUCGAUGUCUGUUGGUCACUGGUGGAUAUGAUUGCUGGAAAGGAUCAUGAGCAGAUUAAUCGAGAAAUCAUAAUGAAGUUUCUGGACUACUAUCCCGCUGGUACUUCACUCAAGAUAUUCUACCAUUAUAUUCAGCACAUAGACUCUGGGAAAUUACGACACUACGAUUAUGAAAGCCGUGAACGAAAUGUACGGCGUUAUGGGCGAGCUGAGCCUCCGGACUAUAACUUGAGGAAAAUUACGACUCAGUCAGUUAUAUUCCACGCUCUGAACGAUCCUCUGAGCACCACAAAAGAUACGGCGGUAUUGAUUGCAGAACUCAGUAAUUCUUCCAUGAUUUAUGAGGAAAUCAGAAACAGAAAAUUCAAUCACAUUGACUUCAUCAUUGCUAAAGAUGCCAAGAAGUUUCUCCUUGAUCCGUUAGUCAGAAUACUGAGGAAAGUUCAUGGCCCUCAAUGUUAAUCAAUUACUUCAACUCGUCACAUGAGACUCAAACGUCUCGUGCAUCAGCUAUCUGUUUCCUGUUGGAAAUUAUCUCCUUAAACGUCAAGAAAUAAACUCUAUAAAAAUUUGAGUCGAAUAUUUGAUUGUUUUUCUG